GGGCGGAGCCAGCCGGUUGCUAGGACUUGGCGAAGCCCAGCGCUCGCGAGGUCUCCUUUAGUCGGCCUGCGGGAUGGAGUCSGCGCCUGGCCUCACAGAGCAGCGUGGUCAGAAGGCAAGGAGCCCCGCGAGGGAGCCAGCGCCGUGGCAAGCGCUCCCGGUCCUGUCGGAGCAGCAGUCCAAGGACGUGGAGCUGGUGCUGGCCUAUGCUGCGCCCAUCCUCGACCAGCGCCAGACCUCACGCCUCCUCAGGGAGGUGUCGGCCAUCCACCCACUGCCCGCCCACCCUCACCUCAAGCGGGUGCGGCGCAGCCCAGAUGCCCACGGCCCCCAUGCCCUGGAAAUGCUGCUCUGCCUGGUGGGACCCGCCACUGGCUCGUGCUCUCUGGCCGAGCUCCUCCCCAGGCCAGCUGUGGACCCCCAGGGACUGGGACAGCCCUUCCUGGUGCCUGUGCCUGCCUGGCCUCCCCUGACCCGGGGCCAGUUUGAAGAGGCUCAAGCCCACUGGCCCAUAUCCUUCCACGAGGACAAGCAGGUGACCAGCGCCCUGGCCGGGCAGCUCUUUUCAGCCCAGGAGCGGGCAGUGAUGCAGAGCCACAUGGAGCGGGCCGUGCAAGUGGCCCAGCAGGCAGCAGCCCGAGGCUUGAGGGCCGUGGGAGCCGUCGUGGUGGACCCGGUCUCGGGCCACGUGCUGGCCACGGGCCAUGACUGCAGCUGUGCCGGCAGCCCCCUGCUGCAUGCCGUCAUGGUGUGUGUGGACCUGGUGGCCCAAGGCCAGGGCCGGGGCACCCGCAGCUUCAGGCGCCACCCAGCCUGCUCCUUCGUCCCAGCUGCAGCCCAGUGUGUGCGGGUAGGCGCCGUGCGUAAGCUGGAGGAGGCUGAGGCCGAGGACGGCCUGCCCUAUGUGUGCACCGGCUAUGACCUCUAUGUCACCCGUGAGCCCUGUGUGAUGUGCGCCAUGGCCCUGGUGCACUCCCGCAUCCAGCGGGUCUUCUACGGGGCACCCUCGCCUGACGGUGCCCUGGGCACACGCUUCCGCAUCCACACCCAGCCAGGCCUCAACCACCGCUUCCAGGUCUUCCGCGGGGUGCUCGAGGACCAGUGUCGCUGCCUAGACCCCGACACCUAGGCCCGGUGUCUUCCUGUUUCUGGAAGGUUCUCUGCUCCUGCCCAGUCUUGGCCACAUUGGAGACUGAGGGUCCUCCCCUCCACGGCCGCCCUUCAAUCUGUGCUAAGGAUGCUUACCRCCUGCCUUGGCCCAUGCCCCAGGGCCAGGGCUUGUUGCUGGGUGGCUGACGGGCAGUCCGGGCUCGCUCUGCUUAGAGCGAGCCGGGGAGGGUCCUCUCUGGGCCUGCAUGGCUGUUACCGUCUCUGUGGUUGUGUCAGAAACAGCGUUCAUGUCUGCAAAUAAAC